AUAUGUAACAUUUAAAAUUAGAUUUUUUAAAUAUAGAGAAAUAUAAAGAAACAAAAUAUGACCCUUGUUUUUAUUGCUCACAUAGCUCUCAUUGAUAUUAAAAUACGAAGAAUAAAGCAAUAAAGACAGGUACUUUUACAUUGUCCAUUGACAUCUAUUAGUAGCAGUGGCUUAACUUCCAGAGGUAACAGAUAUACUGAUGUAAACAUAAAAUUUUUCUUUUUACUUACAAAAAGAAUCAUAGUAUACCAACUGUUACUCAGUUUACCUUUUUUGGGGGGAGGGCAGGAGGGAGGAACUUAAUAAUAUUGAUAAUGUAUCUUGAAACACUUUCCUUAUCAGCACUUACCUAACUCAUUCUUUUGAUGCUGAAGAACUUUAUUUCAUCAUUUGAAGUACCAAAAUAUAUUUAACUGAUCCUCCUUAUUGACAUACUGCCAGUUUUUCUACCACAAAUGUUUCAGUGAACAUAUCUGAAUACACACUGUACCCACCACUUUUAAUUAGCGAAAGCAGAUUAAAAUGCCUUUUUUAAAUUUCCUGAGGCAUCGACUUAAGCUUUUUUCCUUUGGCUACUUUUUAUUAAGACUUUAUUUCUUAAAAGCAACUUUAGGUUCACAGGAAAAUUGAGGGGAAGGUACCGAGAUCUGUUUCCUUUAUACCCCCUGCCUCUACACAUGCAUGGCCUCCCCAUUAUCAACAUUCUCCAUCAGAACGGUGUUUUUGUUACAAUAGACGAAUCUACAUUCUACAUCAUUGUCACUGAAAGUUCAUAAUUUACAGGUUCACUCUUGGUGUACAUUCUGCGGGCUUAGGCAAAUGUACAAUGUUAUGUCUCCAUCAUUAUGGUAUACAGAGUAGUUAGGUGUGCUAGAUGCUCUCAUUUAAUCUUCGUUGCAAAUCCAUGAGGAGAGUACCACUAUUACUUUCAAAGAGGGUUGGAGAGGUGAGGUAAUUUGCCUAAAGACAAUUAGCAUGAACGGAAUCAGCCCCAGGCAGUUUGUCUCAGGAGCAGGAAUGCUUCACCUUUGGGCAUCCUGCUUCUACAGAUCAAUGCCCUUUAUCUUGCCGUUACCUCUGCCUGUAUUUCCUUCCCCCACCCUACCCCUUAUUUGGUGAAGUUAUACCAUUAUCAUUCAUGACUCAGUUCAAAUCUACUUGAUUUCUCUGCAGAUUUUCAGCUUUUUCCCACAGCUGGCAGCCCCCAUCUCCUUCUGCCUCUAGCAAAAGUCAUCUCAUUCUCUUACAGUGAAAUCCCCAUGACUGUAUCAGAGCUGAACACAUAGUAUUGCUGGCAGUGGUUUGUAUAUUCAUAUAUUCUCCUCUGAACUUCAUCAGAUCAGGGACCAGGGCUGGUUUUUGUUUUAAAUUUAUCUGUGGGCUUAGCCUACAGAAGUAAGGAGCAACAUUUUUUUUUUUUUCAACAAUUUACCUUCUGUCUUUCCCCUGGUGAGGCUGCCCUGGUGCUCUUACUAAACCCUAUUCCAAGGACUUUAGCUUUCCUUAUAGGAGCAAAUGAUUGGGAACAUUUAAAUUUCAGCUAUGACCAAGAAGAGGCAAUGAAGAAACACAUAGUUGUUAAAGAAUCCUCUGCGAAAGGUCAAGGAUGGUUCCAGGUUUUCCAAAGGACAAAGAAGCUGCUAUUUGACUUUAGAAAAUAUGCCCUGCCUCAUAGAGAACUGUUGGAGGAAGAUUACUGGAUGAUUAUUUGCUCCUCAGGAUGAAGAUCUUGCCAAGAGGUUGUAUCCAAGUCCCUGUUAGUAUUACCUACUGCUCCAGAAACUGAGGAAGUUCCUGAACUUGGGAUAUAGCAAAAUGUCAUUAAUUUUAGGUGCUGCAAGUUCAUUAUUAGCAACGUAUUUAGGUUCACAUUCACCUUUGUUUAGCAAAUGUUCCCCCAUGCUACAUUUUGGAUGAAUAUUUAAAAUACUGAAGAGGACAAUUUGCUUUUCAGCACCUUGGAACAUUUUAUAGCUAUCUCUAUUUGCACAAAAGCAAUUUUCACACAUUAUUUUCUUUACUCAAUACACCCAUCACCUCAGGAUGAACUCUGGCUGAGUCUGAAUUAAGUGGGUAAUUAAGAGUAAUAAUAAAUUCUAUAAUUCAGGUCUUUCCUACAUUAUCUUUUUAGUAGUUGGGAUGAAGUGAGGAGUGGAAAAAGUGUAUGGCAACACAGAAGUCACUCAAAAAAGGAUUGUGGACUAAAUAAACUUGGGGCUUACUUAUUUUUCGUAAGAUGGAGGAGGAGAAACUCAUUUUCUAGCAUGGUCUCCUGAGUGUGUAUUUGUGAGGCCUUCAAGGGUCUUGGCUCCUGCUUUGUUCCCAUUGCUCCUUUGGCCACAUCCUCAGCUGUCACAUAGGAUGCUCUUAGAUCUUAAAGGAUGUUAGGUCCCCACUCGCCAUAUUCAUUCAAUUAACACAUGUGCUGAGAGCUUACAAGGGCCAAGCACUCUUCUAGCACACUAGGAAUGUAACAGCAAACAAAGUAGACAAAAAAAUUGCUGCUUGUGUGUUUACAUGGAGGACACACACACCUGUGUGUGUGUGCGUGCGUGUGUAUACAGACAAGAAGCCAUAAUUAAGCAUAAACUAUAUAGAAUGUUGUAAAAGAAUAAGUGCAAUGCAGAAAGGGGAUAGACCAAUUAUGUACACCAAUUGCAAUUUUAUGGUAGGGGAGGUUCAGAACUAAUUCUUCAAUAUAAAUCAUAUUUACUGUAGAGAGUGAUGGUAUGGGCACAAGUGACUGGUGCCUAAAACAAUUUUAGGAGGCUUUUUUUUUUUUUUUUAAUUCCAGCUCUCCUCUUUCUUCCAAUUCUUUACUUUUCAUUCUGGUUUCAUCUUGUAUUCCUUUUAUUGUUGUUCAUUUGUCCUUAAUGAGGCACUAGAAUGGUGCAAUAGAAAGAGUAGUUACAUUAACCAGGACCUAAAACCAGUUAUCUUGGUAAGCCUCAGCUUCCACAUUUGUAAAAUGGAGAUAGUAAAACAUUUUGUAGUGUGUGAGGAUUAGAGAUGAAGCAUGUUUGCAAAACGUCACAGUCUCUAAUUUCAGGCCCCUUUAAAUGGUAGAUAUUAUUAAUAGCAGCACAUACUCUGCUCUUUUGCAAGUUAAGUGUAUAGUGUUCGCCAGCCUCAACGCAACUCUCUGGGAAAGUUAGAACAGGAGGGGACUAGAAGCCGAGCCAGGAACGAGUCAUCCAGCAUCCUUAACUUUCUGACAAAGACUUUACUAAUAUCCUCUAGGAGAUGGGGAGGAUAUGCGCCCCAGACCUACCGUGAAACUGUUUCCUUCCACUUCUCAACUAAUUCUUUUGUCAUCUUUAAAACUUUGCACGGUAACUCUGAACAAGAAUGUUUUUAACAAGCAUGCUAUGUGUCAGACACGUUCACGGAAAUGCACUGGAUCCUUGACCGAGCCUAUGCGGCAGGUAGCGUUACCCCCCAGAUGAGCUGUGGGUAUUUGACGGUGGACUUCGGGGUGUGGCGCCCGUCGAGGGCGCAAGCGCACGAGGAGGUCUGGUCAGGAGUGCCCCUCUUUCCAGGCCCCAACUGGCGUUCAAUCCUACUGAAUUGAGAAAGAAAACCUUGCGGAGUCGCGAAGACCCGUUAGUUCCGUGAGGGUUCCAGUGAGCGUCCAUGAAGAGUGGCGACCGCCUUCCCUCUGCCUCUAAAGUAUAUAGUUUGUAGCAAGAGGCGGGGGUGACCGUCACCCCGCUUCCGAACCCCAGAGGAACCUCCGACGCCAAAAACGAGUUAAUUAGUUUCGGCCGGCUAAGAUUUUACAAAGAGGGGCGGGGCCUCCUGAGGAGCUGCCGGGGGCGGGGCGCCUGCGGGGCUCAGAGAGCCGCCGACUGGGUGGGACACACGCCCGUUCCGCCUCCUCCCGCCCCGCCUCCGGGAGGCCUAGCGGAGGAGCCCGCGGGGCCACACGGCAGGGUGGGCGUGACGCGGAGGCGGGGUGGGGGCGUGCCGGGGCGGGACCGGUGCUGCACGCGUCACGGCCUGCGGCCCCGCCCCCGAGCCCUACGCGGCGGCCUCCUUUGCCCCCGCCUCGUCUCCCGCUCACUCGGUUAUCUCUCCACGUUCCACGCUCCGGCCUCUCCGCGCGGCGAGAGCCAGCCCCGCAGCCGCCGUGCGCACACGCGCGUUCCGCGUUUCGCGCGCCCCGCUCUCCCCGCUCUCCCCACGCACGCGCGCCUCUAGCCCGGACGCACGUUCGUUUCCCCGCGCGCGUCGGGUCUCGAAGGCGGCGGGCGGACCGCGCGGGGAAGUAGCGUAGCGGCCGCCGCGGGCUGACCGGCGGGCCAUGGAGGCGGAUGGGGCCGGCGAGCAGAUGAGACCGCUACUCACCCGGGGUCCUGAUGAAGAAGCUGUUGUGGAUCUUGGCAAAACCAGCUCAACUGUGAACACCAAGUUUGAAAAAGAAGAACUAGAAAGUCAUCGAGCAGUGUAUAUUGGUGUUCAUGUCCCAUUUAGUAAAGAGAGUCGGCGGCGGCACAGACAUCGUGGACACAAACAUCACCAUCGGAGAAGAAAAGAUAAAGAGUCAGAUAAAGAAGAUGGACGGGAAUCUCCCUCUUACGACACACCAUCCCAGAGAGUUCAGUUCAUCCUUGGUACUGAAGACGAUGAUGAAGAGCAUAUUCCCCAUGAUCUCUUCACGGAAAUGGAUGAGUUAUGUUAUAGAGAUGGAGAAGAGUAUGAAUGGAAAGAAACUGCCAGAUGGCUGAAAUUUGAAGAGGAUGUUGAAGAUGGUGGUGACCGGUGGAGUAAACCUUAUGUGGCAACCCUUUCUUUGCAUAGUCUUUUUGAACUAAGAAGUUGCAUCCUAAAUGGAACAGUCAUGCUGGAUAUGAGAGCAAGCACUCUAGAUGAAAUAGCAGAUAUGGUAUUGGACAACAUGAUAGCCUCUGGCCAGUUGGAUGAAUCCAUAAGAGAGAAUGUCAGAGAAGCUCUUCUGAAGAGACAUCACCAUCAAAAUGAGAAAAGAUUCACCAGUCGGAUUCCCCUUGUUCGAUCUUUUGCAGAUAUAGGCAAGAAACAUUCUGACCCUCACUUGCUUGAAAGGAAUGGGGAAGGCCUCUCAGCCUCCCGCCUCUCUUUGCGAACAGGUCUGUCUGCCUCAAACCUUUCAUUGAGAGGAGAAUCGCCUUUAUCUCUUCUUCUCAGUCAUCUUCUUCCUUCUUCAAGAGCUGGAACCCCUGCAGGCUCGAGGUGUACCACCCCAGUACCCACCCCUCAAAAUAGUCCUCCUUCCAGCCCUAGCAUCAGUCGUCUGACCUCCAGAAGUUCCCAACAGAGUCAGCUCCAGGCCCCAGAACUACUGGUUUCGCCUACUAGUGAUGAUAUUCCCACAGUAGUAAUUCAUCCACCUGAGGAAGACUUAGAAGCACUGAAAGGACAGGAACAGAAGAAAGAGGAAAAUGUUGACAUAACUCCAGGUAUUUUGGCCUCUCCACAGUCUGCACCUGGAAACCUGGACAAUAGUAAAAGUGGAGAAAUCAAAGGUAAUGGAAGUGGAGGAAGCAGAGAAAAUAGUACCGUUGACUUCAGCAAGGUUGAUAUGAAUUUCAUGAGAAAAAUUCCUUCGGGAGCUGAGGCAUCCAACGUUCUCGUGGGAGAAGUAGACUUUUUGGAAAGACCUAUAAUCGCGUUUGUGAGACUGGCUCCUGCUGUUCUCCUCUCAGGGUUGACAGAAGUCCCUGUUCCUACGAGGUUUUUGUUUCUGUUGUUGGGUCCAGCAGGCAAGGCCCCGCAGUACCAUGAAAUUGGAAGAUCCAUAGCCACUCUCAUGACAGAUGAGAUUUUUCAUGAUGUAGCUUAUAAAGCAAAAGAUAGAAAUGACCUCUUAUCUGGAAUUGAUGAGUUUUUAGAUCAAGUAACUGUCCUACCUCCAGGAGAGUGGGAUCCUUCUAUACGCAUAGAGCCGCCAAAAAGUGUUCCUUCUCAGGAAAAGAGAAAAAUUCCUGUAUUUCCCAAUGGCUCUGCUCCCAGCUCAGGUGAGACUUCUAAUGAGGCCUCCCAUCAUGCUGGGCCUGAGCUACAGAGGACUGGACGGCUUUUUGGUGGUUUGAUACUUGACAUCAAAAGGAAAGCACCUUUUUUCUUGAGUGACUUCAAGGAUGCAUUAAGUCUGCAGUGCCUGGCCUCGAUUCUUUUCCUAUACUGUGCCUGUAUGUCUCCUGUAAUCACUUUUGGAGGGCUGCUUGGAGAAGCUACAGAAGGCAGAAUAAGUGCAAUAGAGUCUCUUUUUGGAGCAUCAUUAACUGGGAUUGCCUAUUCGUUGUUUGCUGGGCAACCUCUAACAAUAUUGGGAAGCACAGGUCCAGUUUUAGUGUUUGAAAAGAUUUUAUUUAAAUUCUGCAGAGAUUAUCACCUUUCCUAUCUGUCUUUAAGGACCAGUAUUGGUCUGUGGACUUCUUUCUUCUGCAUUGUUUUGGUUGCAACAGAUGCAAGCAGCCUUGUGUGUUACAUUACUCGGUUUACAGAGGAGGCUUUUGCAGCUCUAAUUUGCAUCAUAUUCAUCUAUGAGGCUGUGGAGAAGCUCUUUCAUUUAGGAGAAAUAUAUGCAUUUAAUAUGCACAACAGUUUAGAUGAACUGACCAGCUACUCAUGUGUAUGUACUGAACCUCCUAACCCUAGCAAUGAAACUCUAAAGGUAUGGAAGGAAAAGAAUAAAACAGCACAUGAUAUUUCCUGGGGGAAUCUCACUGUUUCUGAAUGUAAAACAUUUCAUGGUGUAUUUGUAGGACCGGCCUGUAGUCUUCAUGGACCUUAUAUUCCAGAUGUCCUGUUUUGGUGUGUCAUCUUAUUUUUCACAACAUUUUUUCUGUCUGCAUUCCUCAAGCAAUUUAAGACCAAGCGCUAUUUUCCUACCAAGGUGCGAUCGACAAUCAGUGACUUUGCUGUAUUUCUCACAAUAGUAAUAAUGGUUGCAAUUGACUACCUUGUAGGAGUUCCAUCUCCUAAACUUCAAGUUCCUGAAAAAUUCGAGCCUACUAAUGCAAAUAGAGGCUGGAUCAUAAGCCCAUUGGGAGAAAAUCCUUGGUGGACUUUAUUGAUAGCUGCUAUUCCAGCUCUACUUUGUACCAUUCUCAUCUUUAUGGAUCAACAAAUUACAGCUGUAAUCAUAAACAGAAAGGAGCACAAAUUGAAGAAAGGAGCAGGCUAUCAUCUUGAUUUGCUCAUGGUUGGUGUUAUGUUGGGAGUCUGCUCUGUCAUGGGACUUCCAUGGUUUGUGGCUGCAACAGUGUUGUCAAUAAGUCAUGUCAACAGCUUAAAAGUUGAGUCUGAAUGUUCUGCUCCAGGCGAACAGCCCAAGUUUUUGGGAAUUCGUGAACAGCGGGUCACAGGGCUGAUGAUUUUUAUUCUGAUGGGCCUAUCAGUGUUUAUGACUUCAGUACUAAAGUUUAUUCCAAUGCCUGUUUUAUAUGGUGUUUUCCUUUAUAUGGGAGCUUCCUCAUUAAAAGGAAUCCAGUUUUUUGACCGUAUAAAACUAUUCGGAAUGCCUGCUAAGCAUCAGCCCGAUCUGAUAUACCUCCGGUACGUACCUCUCUGGAAGGUCCACAUAUUCACUGUCGUCCAGCUCACUUGUCUGGUUCUUUUGUGGGUGAUAAAAGCUUCUGCUGCUGCAGUGGUUUUUCCCAUGAUGGUUCUUGCAUUAGUCUUUGUACGCAAACUCAUGGAUCUGUGUUUCACAAAGAGAGAACUUAGUUGGCUUGAUGAUCUCAUGCCAGAAAGUAAGAAAAAGAAAGAAGAUGACAAAAAGAAAAAGGAGAAAGAGGAAGCUGAACGAAUGCUUCAAGCCGAGGAUGAUAGUGUGCAUCUUCCAUUUGAACGGGGAAGUCUGCAAAUUCCGGUUAAAGCCCUAAAAUAUAGUGUUGAUCCCUCAGUGGUUAACAUAUCAGAUGAAAUGGCCAAAACUGCACAGUGGAAGGCACUUUCCAUGAAUACUGAGAAUACCAAAGUAACCAGAUCUAACCCGAGCCCUGAAAAACCUGUGAGUGUGAAGAUAAAUUUUGAAGAUGAACCAACAAAGAAAUAUAUGGAUGCUGAAACUUCUUUAUAGAAUUGAACCAAGAGGAAUUAUAUAGAGAGAUAUACAGAUAUAUAUAUAUAUGUAUAUAUACACAUACACAUAUAUAUAUGUAUAAUGUGUAUAUUUCAUGUCACUAUAUAUAAUAUUGUAUGUCAUGCUAUUUAUGUAUGACUUACUGGUUUUUUUGAAGUAGUGUCUGAAGUUUGUUAGGAACAUCAUGGAGAUUUUUUAUAUAAUGAAAUGGUCUUUUAGUAGUGAGGUACAUUGUUCUUACUAUUCAAAUAUUUAUUUUGUUGGGAAAACUUUCUUCUGCAAUAGAAAGGUGUAGGGAAGUGCAUUCAAUCUACUUGUCUUUAAAUCUAUUUGUUGUCAGUUGCAAUUCAUACCAUCUUCAGGUGAUUUGUACCCUGUCCAUAUGGUUAUAAUUUUUACUUGAGUUACUAAAAAUAUUCACGUAUUAUUUCAUUUCUGUCAGUGUUUUCUGGGAAGAAAAGGGAGUCUUUAAGCCAGUGCUGAGGGACAAAUGGUGACAUGUUCUGGCUUCUCUGUGAGUGCGUUGUAUUGAUGUAGAUGUCCAUCAUGUUUCACAAGCUAUGAAAUUUUUUGGCUACAGCAAUAGAUACAUGUAAACGUUCUAGAUAAGAACUACAGUUUUGGCCUUUAUAUUUUUAAAAUUUAUUUUAAAUCUUAAAACCUUCACAUCCAGGUUUCCAUUCUGAUAGACAAGUAGAAUCACAGGUGUUUUAUAAUUUAACCCCUAUACCAGCCAUAACUUUAUGAAUUUUAGAAUCUACAUCAUGCCAAUUUAUAGUAGUUAAAUUUUGUUGCCUGUGUAGAAAUUUUUUACAAAUCCUAAUAAUACUUUAUAAGAAUCUAGAGUGCCCACUCUGUUCUUUGCCUUUGCUCUCUUUACUUAAAAUGUGGUUUGGUUUGUAUCAGGUUCAAGUUCUUGAUUAUUUUUCUGUUAUAAAUAGGAUGAUUAAAUACUCAUAAGUCAGAAUUUUCUUAAUGGGCUUAUGAUCAGUAUUUCUUUAUUAAGAAUUACCUUUUCUGUUUUGUUAUUCUUUCUCUGUAUAGGUUAUAUUUAAUAGAUGGUUACCUGUGAUUUCAUUUUAAAAUAUUUAUUUUAAUUGAUUUAAUGCUUAAAUAUAUAGACAUUUGAAAAGGUAACAAAUAGAGAUUUAAUUGUUAAUGUAAAAUAGCUGGUGCUCACUUGCAUUUAUGGUUUAUUUUCUGAAAUCAGUUGAUAGAUUUUACAUCUUUGAUAUAAAGCACUGCCUUCUGUAUUUGUAUUUUAAAAGGAAUUUAGACAUUUUAUGUAUAGCUCAGAUUGAUGGCAUUCUUCCUAUUCUGUGUUAGCAUUUUUGCUUUUCUGAGCUGUCUUUUUAACUUCCAGCAAAUCUUUUUAGUCAUUUUUAUAUAUUCUUAGCUCCACAUGAAAUAAAUAAAUGUUAUUGUUAAGCCUGUAGGACUGGAUGAAUGGGGUUAUGAAACUGAUUUGGCAAGAGGAUGAUUUGUAAAAAAACAAAUGAGUAUUGAGAAGCCACAAAAAUAUUGAAAACAGUGACAUGAAUAUUAGGAUAAAAUGUUCCUGAAAUUCCAGUUAUUCCCUUUAAUCAUUUGUAAUUCAAGUACAAAUGCAUGAGGAAUCGAUCUUACAGAAGAUCAUGAGGAAUGCCAAAAGCUGAUAUUUUAGUAAUUUUGAAGUGUUUUCAUCCGUUCUAACCUACUUAAUAACUAGUGUAAUUUCCCCAUCUGAGACCAUAUUGUCAGAUUCUAGUUAAAAUAACAAAUUCAACUUCUGCCUCUAUGGGGAGGUUGGAAAUAUAGCUACUUUUCUUUAGAGAAUAUAGCUGGCAUCAUUUGGUACUGCCUAGAAAGGAGUUAGACUCUACUGGCAGUUGAUAAUAGAGUAUUACCCAUGGUGCUUGUUACUGUUUAUGAACUUCCAUUGAAGUGAUUCCUUUUGAUUUAUAGCAGCAUAAUCAUUUCCAAAGACCCCAGUGUUUGCUGCUAUAUAUUUUGUAAACUCUCCUGAUGUUACCUGAACAAGAGGAUUUCCUUACAUCAUUUCUUUGUGUCUGGACAUCAUAGGGUUAACAAAUGUGCUUAUUUUACAGGAAGUGUUUUUAAAAUUUAAACUGAAAACUACCUGGGAUCAUAGUGUUUCUGUGAUUUUAUUUAAUGAUGUAUAAUAAUUGUCCAGUGCCAGAAAAACCAUGACUUGCAAAAUACUUGGCACUCAAAAUGGGAAUGUGUGUUUUUACUAUGUUUCUAAUGUUAAUGGUUUCUGUUUUCUUUUGACUACUUGACUUACAAAAUGAUCUGAUAUGACUACUCCAUUGAAGAGCAAAGGUAACUCAUUUUAUUAAGUAAUUAACUGCUUGUUUUACAUGAUUAUGAUAUUUUUCCACUAUAUUUUUGAAAAAACAAUCAUGAUAGCAUUCAUUGUAAGACAGUGAAAAAUAUGAUUUACUACAUGUAUUGAUUUUUAAAGGUUGCCUUAAAUAGGUAUAAAUAAGCAGUAAUAAUUGCUAUACUGAUUUACCUCAAGGUGCAAAAUAUUUAAACCUGUACAUACUUCAUUUUCAAAGUAAGUUAGACAGCCCUGCACUUCCCUAGAUGCCUUGGUUUCCAGGAUGGAGCUUAGUGCUACUGAACACCCUGGCCACAGAGCCACCUCAGGAUAGUCUUCUCUACCCUAUUUUAUUUAUUUAUAGGUAUCUGUUUACAAAGACUAUAAUAAAUCCUGAUGUUGACCAUCUGAAAUUGACUUUUUCUGAAUGCUAUUUCACUCUAAAAUAGCAGCUUUUGAGAAAACAAUGAACUAAACUUCCUUAUGAUAAAGGAUGAUUCUAUAUAUUCUCUAAUAAUAUUAGAAAUGCCUAAGUGAAGCACACAGUCUUUCAAAUGUGUGUGUGUGUGUGUAUGUGUGUGUGUGAAUGAUGUUAUUGCUCUUAAAUCUCUUGAGUUGUUUAAAAAUGCUGUGGCAUAUCAGUGUUCAUAUUUGCCAAGUCUUCUGUAAAAUGUAUAGGACAAAAUUUUGUAUGUGUUAAUGCAUGUAUUUAUGAAGCAGAUUUAUUUACCACUCAAAAUUUUAACUUUUAUUUUCUCCAAAAUACAUUUCUGUUUCCUCCACAUACUUCAAGUUCAUGUAUGUACAUAAUAGUUUUUAUCUAACUUUAUCUUUUCAUAAAGACAGGUUUAAAACUCUGUAAAACAAAAAUGGUUUCUGAAACUGAGGUAUGAUACCAGAGCUUGCUGUAUUUAAAGGAUUAUUUCAUGUACAUCAGUUCUGUAACUGUGCUGAACAAUAUAACAUGUGAAUCCUGCUUUAAAGUGCUCAGAUUUCGGAUGUGUAAGCCAUUGAUACAACAAUGUAAUUCAAAUAUGUUUAAGUUAAAUAAUGUUUUAAAUUUAUUUAUGUAGAUCACAUCUUUGUUAUCACAUGCAGUACAAGUAUGUGAAAUGUCUUUUGGCUUAGUCCAACAAUUAUUUAUAUUUUAGAAAGUAAAUGUAAAGAUUUUAAGUACAUUUGAAGUUUAAAAUAGUGUUCAAAAUUCACAAUAUGACAACUUUAAUGUAAAGUUGGUUCUUUAACUUUUCAAAAAAGUGUCAAUAAUAGGAAAACAUAAUGUUGGAAAUGGAAUCAUCUAAAAAUCAUUAAAAAAUUUAAUUAGUGCUUAUUGACUUACACAGUUAACUUGUUUUUUUAAUCAGAUUUUUGUGCAUUGACUAAGUUUUGUGUUGUGGCUUUUCUUUAGUUGCUUUAAUAUUAAAAGUUUUGUUCUUUUGUUUUGUAGGGGGGAUUAUCUUCCAAAGUUUACUACUUUUAAAUAAAUAGAAAUUGAAUUUUAUUGUUCAUUUAUAUAAUAUUUAAUAGCUUGGUAUAAUUUCACAGUACAGUUCUAAUUUUUAAGACUUUUAUAAUAACAAUGAUAAUAUUUUCUUUUGUAAUAAAAUCCAAAGUAAAUUGAACAUUUAAAACAUAGAACUGGUAUUUUUCAUUUAUAUGAACUAUAGGUCUCUACCAAGUCUAUAAUGUGAAUGAUUCUGCCUUUCAAAUUUGUUUGAAAAUUGUUAGAAGACUAUUUUUUGGAAAUGUUAUUGAAGUUUGAGAGAGCAAUAAAAGUCUACUGAAUGA